AGGCCGGAGGCUGCUGAGGCUUGAGCGCGUUGGAGGCUUUGAAACGACCGACCCAACAUGACUGCAGGCUAGUAUGUGAUAGACGUGGGCUUUCUCAUUCAGCAUGACGAAUAUUAUGGGCCAGUAGAGCAUGCGAUACGUUCGCCAUAACUGGGAAUACUACUGAAGAGAUGGCUGUCGGUGGAGCACGGCAGCUUUUCUUGUGUCGGCUGCCCAAAGCAUCGGUCUUGGGAUCAAGACCUCCCGGUGAUCCGUCCGCGGGCGCGGACCCGCUACCUCCGCCUACGAGCUGGCAAACGGAUCCUAACGAUCCUUCGCAGGUGGCCAUAGCCGAUGGAUCAGGAAUACUUCGUCUGGUCCGUGUUGUGGACCAGGACGCUGGACCUGGAUUUGCGCGCGCAUUCCGCUGUUCUGAUGAUGACCGAGAGAGAUGGCAGUACCUUGGAGGUCACUGCCAAGAAGACCAGCUCCGAGUCAGCGCGUGUGCAGCCUACCGGCUCUUCAUGGUUUGCUCCACAGGGCAGGAAGAUCAUGGGACUUCAGUGUCUGCUGCUGGUCGUCCUGGUUCAAGUGCUGGCCUUGCUAGUGGGCCUGGUCCUGGUUCUCCGGCUCACGCUCAUCGAACGCAGUACGAUAGGCAGUGUAAUGGCCACGUGCAGCCUAACGGGAGGAUGGAGGAGGUAGACAAUGCCAGAAGUAGGCCGCAAGGACAUCUGGUUCCCAUCUUGCGACCUUGGGGAGCCUUCAGCUACGUGCGAAACAAGCCUGGAGAGAUCUUCUUCCAUCAGCAAGGAUCUAACAAGAUCUUGUUUGCAAGAUUGCCAGGCGCAGGCGAAGGCGAAGGCGAUUGUGGCGGGAAGGAUUUGGAGGAUGCAGGGCAGCUCUAUGGGGGACAAAGAUUUGGAAGACAAGCACGGGACGGUGAUCCACCGGCAGGCCUGGGUGAUCGGUCGGGGGGAGAGAGGGUGCAAGGAGGAGCAGAGGGAGGUGGUGAGAAGAUCACGGUGCGGGGAGGAGAACUUUGUCACCCACAGAGGCUGAUGAGCAACAGCAGCAGCAUGGUCUACUCGCUCGGCAAUCACCCGGCAUCAGUUGCCUGCUUCGCCGUGAGCCCCAAAGGUUCGUGGCUCGUAUCAGGAGGAAUCGACGGUUCUCUACGGUUGUGGCGUCUUGAAGAUGGUGUGUUGAUCUCCCGCUUUGAUGCGAUUGAGGGUAAGGGUGGGGGAUCUCUGUCUCACCAGCCCGGCCGCACAACCGCUGACCACGUGGCAAGAUCCUCAGGCACGAUAGGCAGGGACGCCGGGACGAACGGAGCAGAGAUGGUUGGAGUGGCAGUUCUGGAACGAGCUGCCCCUGUCGCAGUAUCUUCUUGGACAGACGGCACGGUUGUUCUAUGGGAUGCAAAGACACCUCACAUGCGAGCUUGUAAGUGGCUGUCGAGCAUGGGCACGCUUGCGAUCACUGCGAUGGCCCUCCACGAAGUAGGAGGAGUCUCAGAGAGGAAUGGUCACCUGCCGAGCAAUCAGAAUGCCUUGCAGCAUUCGUCAGUCAUGCAGCAGCGGAGCGGGAAUCUGACGCAUUGCAGCAUUCCUAUGAUAGAUGACUUGGGGGCUGUCACCCGAUCGGCCGUCACCGCAGCUAAUCCGACGGUAGAAGCUCUAGGUGCCGUAUGUGUACUGGCGAUUGGCACGGAGGAGGGAGAGAUACACACAUGGGUCGGCAGAGAGAAGAAAACAAAAUUGGGCGGGAAUAGAACACGGGGAAGAGGAGGUAUACCCAACGAGGGAGUUGGUGGGUACCGAAGAAGGCAGGAGGGGGAAGAGGAAGAGGAUGAAGAAGAGGAAGGCGAGGAGGAAGAGCAGAUGUGGGACAGGGCCCGGCGACCAGAAGAAGGAGAAUGCCAACCCGGCCACAACAUUGGCAAUGCAAACGGUUGUUCGGACAGUAGAAUUCGAGGGCAAGAUGGACGACCGACGUCGGCGGCGAGCGUAUUACGAAUGCAUGUCAUCUCUGCAGAGAGCAAGAGAGAGACGAGGGCGUACGACUGGGAGCAUGUCUCCGUGACACCCUUGCCACUGCCUGUACCUUGGGAACGUUCUCGCGGGCGAGCGGCUCGACGUGUCUUGUCCAUAUGUUUCACGAGCUGUGGGAGGUCACUGGUCGCGCUGCUAGGUGGUCGUGGGAAUGAAAACCGUACCGACAGGGAGGAGAUCGGGGAGGAGAAAGGGGAGGAGAAAGGGGGCAAAGGGAUGCGGCGAACACAUGGCGUUGAGCCCCUCGCUCUCCCCUCUCUCCCUCCACUCAUGCUGUGUGUUUACGAUUCUUCUAGACUUCUUCAAAGUAGCAGGAGUCGAGGCAAAGGGGGAACUUCUUCAAGCUUGAGGCUCUGCGGAGCUUCUCUGCUGGAUGGGACGAAAGAGAACAUUAUGCUCCCUAUGCGUGGCCUAGCGGGCUGGAGACUGCUCCUUCAGCCUGUCCAAUUGAGGAGGCAGCUUCCACAUGAAGAAGAAGAAGAAGAAGAAGAAGAAGAAGAAGAAGAAGAAGAAGAAGAAGAAGAAGAAGAAGAACGAGAAGCAGUGGAUGAUCUUGCUGAGGAUAGGAAGACUGGGGGAGCAUCCUGGAAUGCGUCUUACGUUGGCGUGAGGGAGGGCGAGGGGGCCAAGAUCCAGUGCGGAGGACGCCGAGCUCAUCAUCAUGUUCCCCAUCGUCAUCUGGGCAAUUGGAACGCUGGAGGAGGAGGUGGUGCUGAUGUCCUGUUGGCAGUUGUGGUAAUAGGAACAUCAGGCUGUGUUGCAAAAGGAAUACUUGGGUGGGAGAAGAUCCCGCGGCCUGCAUUUGGCGAAAGCAACGACAGAUCACCGACGAGAAAUCGGGCAACGGUGCCGAGUCAGAGGGAGAUUGACUGGCAUCAGGACAUGUGUGCCACGCAGAGCCGCUUCCCAAAUGGCCACAAGCACACACAGGGGACAGCAGUGUCAGAAGAGGGAAACGGUACUCGAAAUGUCACUAGCCGUCAUGGCACUGGCUCACAGGGUGAGGACGUGUCAGCCCUCGUCGGAUACAAGGACACAACAGGCACAGGCGCUGUCGUGAGAGAGAGCAGUAUGGCUUGGGAGGGGAUUCUUUCUGAGACGACUUCUGGAACGGCGAGGACGACGGCUGCUGCCAAGGUCGGUACCAUGUCGCCAGUGGACGGGAUAGCGGAGGGCAAACAGAUAGCCGUUCAUCGUGCGGAGCUCGUCGAGCGGGAACAAGCAACCGACAAGCGAGGCCGAAAUCUGCAGAGCAGGUUUUCUGACAGGGGAGGUAGUGGUGUGGGGUCUCUUCAUGCUCGAGGUGAUGCUGCAUCUGCCACAGCAGGUCGAGAGGAGGAAGGAGGAGGAGGGGGAAAAGGAGGGGUACAAAGAGGUGGAGGACAGGCACCAUUCGCUGAGGAUCGAGGAGAAAUACAAGCAUCAGCAGGAGGAAGAGGUGGAGCACGUCGUCCUGGUGCUGGCGAAGGAGGAGGAGGAGGAGGAGGAGGAGGAGGGGGAGGAGGAGGGGGAGUAGGAGGAGGAAACAAUUGGGAGCAAGUGCAGUGGUCAGGUGGUGUCGGGGCCUUCGCCGGAAGAGGGGUUAUGUUAAGGUCGACUGGGGCUGGAAGAAGGGUCCACGAGGCGUCAUUGACAACUGCAAUCGGGGGGAAUACUGGUCGUCAGGACGACCUGGCAAAGGGUACUGCAAGAGGUCUUGGGAACGCCGAGAGAAAGGAGAAUUCGGUCGGAACUAACUCAUUUCGAGAGCGUUUGACCGCAGCUGAAGAGGAGACAGAGGAGAAGGAGAUUCCGGUUCCCGCCAUCCCUCCCUUGCAUGUGCGCGAAGCUCUGAUGCGAUUAAAGAAAACCGCCGGUGGUGGGGAUGGCACUAUCAGUGCUGGUGGUGAGUUGCAGUCCACCACCUCAAAGAAGCAGUUUGCCACAUCCUUGUCAAGGAAGAAGAUGAGCAAGGGAGGAGGAGGAGGAGGAGGAGGAGGAGGGGGAACAGCGGGAGAAGCAGGAUUGACUUCCAGGAGCAGAAGCGGGGUUUGGUUCCAGCCUGGGAUAGCGAGUGCCAAGGACCGAGGGGAUGCCGCUGCGUCUGCUUCUUUGCUGUCACGUCAGCAGAAACGCAUGUCCACGUUACCUGAAGUUGAUGGAGAGGUUGAAAAUAGUAGGCAUGGAGGUGAAGGUACAGGGAGGAAGGAGGACAGACGGAAUCCAAGUGCACCUUGUUCUGAUGACAUUUCUGCGUACUUUGACAGACGAGCAGGGGGCAUGGCAGGGGACAUGUCAAGAGGGAAGUCGCAGUGGAACUGUCUACAAGAAGGGGGUAGAGAAGGCAGCUCCCAUCUUGAUUCUCGAGAUUGCGAUAGAGGGAGGAGAGAGGGUGGGGGGGGAGGUCAGGUUGGAGGAGGCUUUCUAGGGCAGACCAGUCAGAGUGGAGGGAUGGCAAAGGGGCUAGCUGACCAAGGUAAUGACCGGCUUGGGCCAAAAAUAAACUCCACGCUGCAGUUGAUUCAGAAACUGCAGAAACUGAAAACUAAGGUGCGGGACGAAAGCAACAACCUUGGAAAAGAAAAAAAGGAGAGCAAGCAAUGUGAGGCUUCAUCGUCCAGAGUCCCAAGUAUGGGAGAUGAAGGCCGUGGAGGAGGAGAAGGGUCAACCAAAGGCCGUGCAGAAGAACAAGGGCUGACGGAUGGAGGAGGACCUCGCAGACAAGAGUGCCUUGAGAGGAGUGCUUCUGAACAGGGCAAUGGCGAUAGCCUUGGGAAGAGAAAGGGCGAUCAGAGUGCUGCUGGGGCCAGAAAAGGACAUGGUCACACGUACAAUGAUUUGACACCCCUGGAUGAUCCCGUGGACUGCGACGUCAAGCCCAAGUAAGAUCACCUUUUUCGUUUCUGUUUGUUCGCAAUUUGAAUCAAUAAUCAUUUCCGUG